AUGGCGAUGCAAUCAGGACCUGGUUCAGAUCGCAUACUGCAGCACGCCCAGACGCUGAUACAGCAUCUAUACAGCGAUAGAAGUCUUCAUGGCGCGCUCGACAGACCCAUCAUAUUCAUCUGUCAUUCUUUAGGUGGAAUCGUGGUGAAACGGGCUCUGGUGUACUCAGAGAGUCGGACGUCGCCAAGUACAUCGCACCUGCAUUCGAUUUUCACCUGUACCUAUAGCAUCCUCUUCUUCGGUACACCACAUCACGGGACCGGUAAGGCCCGCCUCCUCGGAAAUUUGCAACAGAUCGCGGCGACGAUUAUCCCCAAGAGAAUCCUCCACACGGAGUCGAACCUCGUAAAGGCGCUUGAAGAGGAAUCCGAGACAUUGCAGAAAAUCACGGACCAUUCUGUUGCUCUGAUGACGAGAUUCCGAGCCCUUUUUCUAUGGGAGCAGGAUCGAACGGCUAUUUUAAAUGAUUACGUCGUAGAGGAAAGCGGUGCUGCACCGAGCGUUGCGGUAUUGCAGCGGACCACAGAGGGAUGUGCAGAUCCAACCGGAAUAGUGACUCGGGGUUUCGCACUGUGGUCGAAGCGCUAUGGAGCGGCCAUGUCUUUACCACCGGAGCGUAUCAGCAUCAAGCGCAGAAGACAGGAUGAACCAGUGGACACUCUGUAUCUAGAGCAUGGGACUGCCCCAGAUAAGAAACGAAGAGUGACCGACUUCUACUUCCAACGUGUACGAGACGAGAUCAUCGCACCCAUAUCCUCGCGAGAAAAGACGUUCUGGCCCAAAUCCCCACAGCCGACCCCUCUUGGUGUUCCUGCAGUGCGAUGGACAUCGCCCGGAGAAGAGAGAAGGGAUUUGAAAAAGCUCAAGGCAUCGAUCCAAGCCAAGGCAGAUACAGAUUCAAGUGGAAAGGCAAAAGAGAACCAGGAACAAUCCACAACUCCCGCGGUGGACACAGGCGGCCCAUCCACGCCUAUCUCCAGCGAAACCUUGCAAGGUGCCAGACGUUUUCAUCUCACCAGUCAUCUCUCUUCGGCGUUGAGUCCUCACGCUUCCGGGGGGAUCCGGAAACACAAGACUUCGAUACGUCCUCCAUUAGCCACCUUUGUCGAGAGGCACGUUGCGACAUUCAGCCACGAGCAAAACCCUCUGUACCGAGACAAACCCGUCGACAAGCUGUUGGAGACUCUCAAAGGCAAUGAUGUCGAAGACCUGAUCUCGGGUGCAGCUCAAGAGCCUCGCCUCGAAACCUUGCAGUCCUCCAACCGAAAGACAACUGCCACUUUCCUCCAAGCAAGUCACAAGACGGUGAAGACUGGUACUUCGAUCAAAGACCACCCCAGUACUUGGGACCAUGAGUCUGAUCAACUUGCCGACGAACUUGCCGCUUUGGCUAUGGAGCUCGACCCUGGUUUAGUUCAAGAGGCCGGCCCAGAGAAAUCAUCAUUGACGGUUCCCGACCCCCCGGACAUGCUCAUGAUUUCCAAAGACCAAGAAGACGACUAUGUGUAUGAGACCUACAUUCGCGUCCGUUAUGAUGAUGAAACUCAGAAUCCACCCCAUGGGGCAAACCCACGCACAAAUAUUGGCCUCCUUAUUAUCGAAGAGGAAGACGAGGGUUUGUGGCAGAAGUAUGUUGACAGUGAGGAUGACACCGAUUGGGACGAGGAAGAUUCAAAUGCUGAAGACAAUCCAUCAAAUGACUAUCCGGAAGAGGAAAUCAGCUCGGAUGACGAAUAUGGUUACAACGUCUAUAAAUAUCGCCACCAUGGAUCUGACGACGAGGCUUAUGAUGAUGGCGACGACGACGACGACGACGACGACGGCGGCAGAAAUAGCCAAUGGUAA